UGCAGCCGGUUUGUAAGAUGAUCCCUCUGCACCGAGCCAUGAGCCAUCCCCAGCACAGGGGCGCACUCAUACACGCAUUCCUGUCAAGUCAUCUCGUGAAAGGCUGCUUGCUUCCAGCUUGGCUUGAAUGUGCAACCUUAAUAAAACUCACUGAAGUCUGAGAGAAAAUAGCAGUUCUGCAGCAGAUAGUGGAGGGGAAAGAGACUGGGAUAUGCAUAUGCAGCUGACUAAAGCAGGCUACAUGCUGGACUGUUACAGAGAGGAAACAAUAAAUCUUAACUACUAUGCAAUAAAUAGUCUCAAUUUUAACUAGAGGAAGCUCUCUUAAUAUUAAAAUUAAAAAUAUAACAAUUUCUUCAAGCUUGGUAACUAAAGUACAAUUCUUCAGUCCUUUUUCCAAAGACUUUAAAGGAAAUUCAGAACAAAUUUAAAGAGGAAGAAAAAAGUUUUUCUAAACUUAGGAAAGGAAAGUAAUAAUAACAUGACAAUUUUCCUUUCCUUUGCUUUCUUGGCUGCUCUUCUGGCUCACAUAGGCUGUAAUAAUCAGCGGCGGGGUCCAGAAGCCAGUGGGAGAAGAUAUAACCGGAUCCAGCAUGGUCAGUGCACCUAUACUUUCAUUCUGCCAGAACAGGACGGGAACUGUCGUGAAAGCACGACAGACCAGUACAACGCAAACGCUCUUCAGAGAGAUGCUCCUCACGUGGAACAGGAUUUCUCUUCCCAGAAACUGCAACAUUUGGAACAUGUGAUGGAAAAUUACACUCAGUGGCUCCAAAAACUUGAGAACUACAUUGUGGAGAACAUGAAAUCAGAGAUGGCCCAGUUGCAGCAGAACGCUGUGCAGAACCACACGGCCACCAUGCUUGAGAUCGGAACCAGCCUCCUCAGCCAGACAGCAGAGCAGACGAGAAAACUCACUGAUGUUGAAACCCAAGUGCUAAAUCAAACAUCCAGACUUGAAAUUCAGCUACUGGAAAACUCGCUAUCUACAUACAAGCUAGAAAAACAAUUGCUACAGCAGACACAUGAAAUCCUCAAGAUUCAUGAGAAAAACAGUUUAUUUGAGCACAAAAUAUUAGAGAUGGAAGAAAGGCAUAAGGAGGAACUAGACACUUUGAAAGAGGAAAAAGAGAACCUGCAAAGCUUGGUUACCCGCCAAAGCCACAUAAUCCAGGAACUUGAGAAGCAAUUAAACAAGGCAACAAGCAACAACAGUGUCCUGCAGAAACAGCAGCUUGAAUUGAUGGAUACAGUUCAUACUCUAAUCAGCCUCUGCUCCAAGGAAGGAGUUUUACUAAAGAAUGCAAAAAAGGAGGAAGAAAAGACUUUCAGAGACUGUGCAGAUGUGUACCAAUCUGGUUUAAACAAAAGUGGAGUCUACACUAUUUACAUUAACAACGUGUCAGAUCCUAAAAAGGUCUUUUGCAAUAUGGAAAUUGCAGGAGGAGGGUGGACAGUCAUACAACACCGAGAAGAUGGAAGUCUGGAUUUCCAAAAAGGCUGGAAAGACUAUAAAAUGGGUUUUGGUAGCCCAUCAGGUGAACAUUGGCUGGGAAAUGAAUUUAUCUUUGCAAUAACAAGUCAGAGACAAUAUUCUCUAAGAAUUGAAUUAAUGGACUGGGAAGGAAACCGGGCAUAUUCACAGUAUGACAGAUUUCAUAUAGGAAAUGAAAAGCAGAAUUACAG